AUGUCGUCGUUCGGCGGCUCACCAGAGGUCACGCAGCCCAAGACCAACAGAAUCAGCUAUACUGCUCUGCUUGGCGUUGUAUGGGCACUUACGGGGCUGGCCACGUCGCUCGUGGCAGCAAGACUGGCCAUUCACAUCAAGUUUGGGCGACGACAACUGAUCGAUGACACUCUGCUGGUUCUCGCAUUGUGCAUGCUCAUCAGCAAUUCGAUCGUGACGAGUCUUAUGGCUGAGCCGAUGUACGACCUUUUGAAAUACUCCCACGGCCUGUUGAUUCCCGGUCCGGAGUUCAUGACACGAUCGACCUUCUACCUCAAAUGUCAAUUUGCAUCUACCGUGCUGUUUUGGAGUUGCCUGUGGACGGUCAAAGCCUGCUUCCUGGCUUUCUUCUACCAGCUGUCUAACCAGACAUUGUGGCCUCGACGAUUCUGGUGGGCCGUUGCGGUGAUCACUGCGAUCAGCUAUGUCGGUUGCGUUAUUACUUACCCGCUGUCGUGCACAUCAUUUGUGCUCGGCCAAUGCGAGAAGCCGAUCAACAUAUACCUCUCCGCUGUCAGUCUGCGGUUUAGCACAGCCGUAGACAUGAUAACAGAUUUCCUGAUCAUCGUGAUACCGCUAUGGCUCACCAUCGGCCUAAAGAUGAGUCUUGCACAGAAGAUGGGAUUGCUUGGUGUGCUCUGUUUAGGUGUGAUCACGAUGAUCUUCGCGGCCGUAAGAGUGGUGGUCACUAGCUCCGAGGGCGGUGUUCAUCCAGAGAUAACUUGGUUGGCUCUAUGGUCUGGCAUCGAAACUAGUGUAGCUGUGAGCGUAGCCUGUAUGACGAGCUUCCGAGUAUUGUUCACCCAGCUUCGUCACGGCUCAUCCUAUCGGAGCCGUAGUGGUCCCAGCAAUGGUCACGGUAUCGGAACACCUAAUAUUCGAUCAUCAAGUGGUCCAAAGAAGAGCUGGCGAUCAGGCACAAAGGAGCUAGACUCUAUGACAGAUCCCAGUGUCGAGAUGGAGAAUUUUGCUCGGCAGAAGCACGCAAGGACAGUAUGCGUUGGUGCGGAGGAGGUCGAAGGCGAGGGUGGUCUGGUAGAAAGAGAUUGGCCGGAGACUGCGAGCGAGGAAAGAAUACUACCACCAGAGAGCAUCCGCGUCCAGAAGACAUGGAAGGUCAGCAACGCGUGA